UGAAGAAGGCUGUGCUCAGCGUUGGGAAGGUAGGGUUUGGUUCCCAAUUUUACUGUCCUUGGCACUCCGGCCCGCACACAGCGCCAUGGCCCAGCAGCCGCCCGACGUUGAGGAGGACGAUUGUCUUUCUGAAUAUCACCACCUCUUCUGUCCGGACCUUCUCCAGGACAAGGUGGCCUUUAUCACAGGUGGUGGAUCUGGGAUUGGCUUCCGGAUUGCUGAGAUUUUCAUGAGGCAUGGCUGCCACACUGUCAUCGCCAGCAGGAGUCUGUCAAGAGUGUCCACGGCUGCUGAAAAGUUGGUUGCUGCUACUGGAAAGCGGUGCCUCCCUCUAUCUAUGGAUGUCCGAGUUCCCUCAGCUGUUAUGGCUGCUGUGGACCAGGCGCUGAAAGAGUUUGGCAAAAUUGACAUCCUUAUUAACUGUGCAGCUGGAAACUUCCUAUGUCCUGCCAGCGCUUUGUCUUUCAAUGCCUUUAAGACUGUGGUUGACAUUGACACCAUUGGCACCUUCAAUGUGUCUCGUGUGCUUUAUGAGAAGUUCUUCCGGGACCAUGGAGGAGUGAUUGUGAACAUUACAGCCACUCUCAGUAUGCGGGGACAGGUGCUGCAGCUCCAUGCAGGUGCUGCCAAGGCAGCCGUGGAUGCUAUGACACGGCACUUGGCUGUGGAGUGGGGUCCCCAGAAUAUCCGUGUCAACAGCCUGGCUCCUGGUCCCAUCAGUGGCACAGAGGGGAUGCGGCGAUUGGGGGGCCCCCAGGACAAUGUGAAAUUAAAGUCUCUUUCAAGCCCUGUGCAAAGACUUGGAAACAAGACGGAGAUCGCCCACAGUGUGCUCUAUCUGGCCAGCCCCCUGGCUUCCUAUGUCUCAGGGAUUGUGUUGGUGGUUGAUGGUGGCAGCUGGAUGACAUUCCCAAAUGACAUUAAACAACUGGUAGAGUUUGAAUCCACCUCUGCUAAGCUCUAGAUUGCAUGUGACUCAGGCUACCUUCAGACUCACCAUGUAGCUGAAGAUGAUUUUGAACUUCUGAUUAUCCAGUCUCAACCCUCAAGUGGUGAUAUUACAAGAGAGACACCAUGCCCACUUUUUGCAGUGCUGAAGAUCACACCCAAGGCGUCAUGGACAGUAUCAACUGAACUAUAUCCCCUG